UGCAGGGGCUGAGUACAGGUGACAUUAGCCUGUUGUCCCCUGCACUUGCCUGCCUGCUACCUCCACACCCAGCAAUUUCAGGGUUUACUAUUACCACCUAGGAGCGAGUUGUAAGCACUCCGAUCAGCCUCUUCCAGUGAAGUCUACUGCAUAAGGUGGAGCUUGUGUCUCUCCUCCUCCAUGACUAUUCUGAUAAGAUAUCUACCAUCUGGUCAUUUCACACAAGCUCUGGAAUCCUGAAAGGGAAAAAAAAUCAACAGAAAUCUUCUCCUGCUGGUUAUUAACAUCCAAGCCGACUCAUCCAGGAUAAUCCAUUUCCCCCUAUCAGGUAUGGAUGAAGAAAUGGGUGCUUCCUGACUUGUCUGAUCUACAGCCUCCUCCCUUCUCUGCUACACACUGUGUGAUCAGCCAGCGAGCAGACACAAUGGCCAAACAAUAUGAUGUUUUAUUCAGACUACUGCUGAUUGGGGACUCCGGAGUUGGCAAAACAUGUUUGCUGUGCAGAUUCACAGACAACGAAUUCCAUCCUUCUCAUAUCUCCACAAUAGGAGUGGAUUUUAAAAUGAAGACAAUAGACGUUGAUGGAAUCAAAGUGCGGAUACAGAUCUGGGAUACAGCUGGGCAAGAAAGGUACCAGACAAUAACCAAGCAGUACUACAGAAGGGCACAGGGAAUAUUUUUGGUGUACGACAUAACAAGUGAGCGUUCCUACCAGCAUAUAAUGAAAUGGGCCAGUGAUGUAGAUGAGUAUGCACCUGAUGGAGUGCAGAAGAUUUUGAUAGGGAAUAAAGCUGAUGAAGAAGAGAAAAGACAAGUUGGGAAGAGCCAGGGGAUGAAGCUUGCAGAAGAAUAUGGCAUGGACUUCUUUGAGACAAGUGCCUGCACUAACUAUAACAUAAAGGAGUCAUUCACCAGACUGACGGAACUAGUUCUUAUGGCUCAUAAGAAGGAAUUAGAUGGUUUACGCAUCACUUCAAACAAUGAACUGAAUCUAGCAGAUCUAGAAGAUGAUGGCCGCAAAGCGGAUGCAAUGGCAAACUCAAAGUCUUGUUGGUGCUAGACAAUUACCAGCGGAAGAAAGAGAUAGGUGUAAAUAUCCAGUUCAGAAUGGAAUGUUUUCUUUACUGAUCUAUUUGGAAAGCUCCUGCAUCAAACUUUUCAAUCCUUAAGGCCCCAAUUAAUAGACAUGACUAGGACUUUGCAAACGUCUUCAGAUAUGAAAUUGUAUAUUUUA